AUGGUUAUGUACUUAUGUGUAGACCUAGAGAUGAAUCUUGAUCCUGAUUGGAUGUACAAGAGACUUGAUAGUGAUAAUUAUCUUAGGGAAACGUUUGUUGAAGGGGUUAAAGAGUUUAUAACGUAUACUUGUGAGCGAGAAUAUUACAAACAAUCUAAACUAAUGAACUGUCCAUGCAUCAAAUGCAAGUUAGUGCCAUAUAAGGAUGUCGAUACUAUUAGGAUUCAUUUGUACAUGCAUGGAUUUCGUCCGAAUUAUUAUUGUUGGAGUUGUCAUGGAGAAGAAUACUUUGAGGGCACGAGAGAAGGUGAUGAGUCAAGCUCUAGUGGAUUGGAUUCGAAUCCUUAUACAAACAUGAUAAUGGAUGCAUUUGGCCCUCAAUUUGAAGGUUUAAAUGAAGAGGGCUUCCAGAAUUUAGAAGAAGAGCCACAUCCAGAAGCAAAAAAGUUUUUUGAUAUGCUACUAAAUGCUCAGAAGCCUCUCUAUGAUGGGUGCAAAGAAUCUUUAUUGUCGGUAGCAUCGAGGGUUACAAAUUUGAAGUGCGAGUAUAACAUUCCUCAUCGAGCCGUGGAUGGUUUCACAUCAUUAAUGAGAGACAUAUGUCCCGAAAAAAGUAACAUGACAGACACUUUUCGUGCCACAAAAAAAUUGCUCAAGGGUCUUGAACUUCCGCAUCAAAAGAUUGACGUAUGCCCUAAUGGGUGUUUGUUGUUCUGGAAGGACCAAUCACAUCCUCAAAACUGUCCUGUAUGCAACGAAGAUCGGUACAAGAAAAAGGCUAAAGGGAAGCGUGUCCCGAAGAAGCAGCUGAUAUACUUCCCUGUCACACCAAGGUUACAAAGGUUGUAUGCUGUUAAGGCCACCGUCACAGAAAUGAGAUGGCAUGUAGAGAAUCCACGAGAAGAGGGUAUUAUGGCUCACCCUUGUGAUGGAGAAGUAUGGAAGCAUUUCGAUAACACCUAUAAAGAGUUCGCCGCUGAACCUUGCAAUGUUCGUCUUGGGUUAUGUACGGAUGGUUUUUCCCCGUUUGGCAAUUCAGGGAAAAGUUACUCAUGUUGGCCUGUUAUUCUUACACCUUAUAACUUGUCACCAGGUUUGUGUAUGAAAAGGCCUUUUCUAUUCUUGAGCUUGAUUAUCCCAGGCCCAAAGAGUCCUAAAGGAAAGCUUGACGUAUACUUACAACCUCUAGUGGAGGAGUUGAAACAGUUAUGGAAUGUUGGAGCUAUGACUUAUUACGUGUCAAAGAAGCAAAAUUUUAACAUGAAGGCAGCUCUAGUGUGGACUGUGAGUGACUUUCUAGCUUACGGUAUGCUAUCCGGGUGCAGUACUGCUGGGAGGUUGGCAUGUCCUUAUUGCAUGGAGAAUACAAAGUCUUUCACUUUGAAACAUGGUCAUAAGCAAACAUGGUUUGAUUGCCAUCGUCAAUUUCUACCUGAAGAUCAUGUUUUUCGAAAAAACAAAAGUGGUUUCACCAAAAAUAAGGCAGAAUACUCCCCACCCCCACCAAGGUUCAGUGGUGAUGAACUGUGGGAGCGUGUGUCACACUUGCCAAAAACAAUUGAUCAUUGUGAGUUAGCUCGAGAUAAAACACAUAAUUGGAUGAAGCAAAGCAUUUUUUUGGGAACUUCCUUAUUGGCGAAAGCUUUUGGUUUGGCAUAA